AUGACAAAAUCUAAUUAAUUGAUAUUUUUUUAAGAAAAUUAGUCAUUCAAAGGAUAAAUAAACCCUGAACAGGAUCCUUCCUCUACUUUGUCUAAGAAAGGAUUAUUUGUUGAAAAAGAUGAUGAAAUAAGCGAAAAAGAAAAUUUUUAAAUUACGUUUAAUUUAAAAGCAGUUAGUAAUAUAAUGAAAAUAUAUUAAAACGCGAUCGAAUAAAGAGGAAAUUAACUAGCUUUGGAUACUCUAGACUUUUCUUAUUUAACUUUAGUGUCUACUGUCUAUUAAAAUUAGUGUCUUUCACUUUUGAAAAUAUUAAAUACAAGCUAAAAUACAAGUAUUCAACUAAGUUGGAAAGAUUAGUAAAAAAUUGAAACAAUAAUGAGACGCGCAAAAGAUUAAAUUGAAAUUAGUAAGAAAAGAACUAAAAAAGAUCAUAAUUAAUUUCAGAUUUACACAAUUUUAGAAUAAGAUUAAAAAAUAAAAGAAUUAUAGAGAAAGUAUUUUGAAUGCUUAAAGUAAUAUUAAAUAGUUAUUCAAAAAUUAUCAAUGAAUUUUAUAGAUAUAAAUGAUAUUUACAAUAUAAUGACUUAUUACAGAGAACAAAGAGCCUUAUUAAAAAAUGAAAUGAUCAUAUAAAUAGAAAACAAUUGUAAUAAUAAUAUCCUUAAAAAUCUAUGUGUUAAGAUUGACCUUUAUUUACUUCAUAAGUAAUGUUUAUCGUUGUAUUAGAAGAAGCUGAAUAGGCCAAAAGGUACUUAAUAAAAAUAUACUUAAUUUUAGAGCGAAACAUCUUGUCUCGCAUACGUUUCUCUUCUUGAAAAUUAAUUUGGAAUUGUUAAAAAUGCUAAUAAAUAUUUUAUGAAAAUCCUUGGAAUCACAAGCAAGUCACAAAUAAUUGGUUAACCAAUAUUAUCAUUUUUUCCAUAAAAUAUCAUAUAAAAAAGAUUAUAUUCCAAGAUUGUUUCACAUAUUACUGAAAAAUAUUUUCCAAUAUACAAUGAAGUCAUUGAAAUACCUUUAGUCCUUAUAAAAAAUAACCAUGGAUAUUCUUAACCAUUAAAUGUUAAAUUUCAAAGCCAAAUAAUAAAUUCAGAGGAUUUUGGAUUGACUAUUUGUGCAAAACCUAUACUUGAUGACAAAAUUUACAUGAUUUUGGAUUAUAAAGACCCAUCUAAAAUAAAAUUGAUGAGUAAAGCUUUCGAGUAAGAAUUCUUUUCAAAAAAUUUUAAUUCAUAGAAUUAAAAAAUAAUAAAAAUGGAUAGUUUUAUUCCUAUAAUUACAAAUCUCAUAAAAGUAAGUGAAAAGUAGCAAAAUAAAAAAUUUGAAACUUUAUUGAUUAAGCAUGAGACAGAAUCUCUAAUUUAGUAUAAUUUAAGCUCACCUAAUUUCUUAAAUACACUUAUGUAGUCAUAGCUAUAUUCUUUAAUGAUAUCUUUUUAAAUUUUUAAUACUAAAUUAGCAUCUUUUGUUUACAUGAUAAUUGAAAACUACAAGUAUAUAGAUUGUUUAAGAGAUAAGACUCAAUACAUUUAAUAAUAUCAUACAUAAAUUAAAGAAUUAUGUGGUGUAAAUUUAAACUUUGAUUAGCAAAAUAAUUAUGAAGAAACACACCAAAAAAUUUAGUUAAAAGCAUCAGAAUUACUUUUAGACAGUGAAAGGAUGAAUCAUAGAUAAAAAAUACUUGAAAAUAAUUAAAAUGAAACGAAUAUUUAUAUUUAAAAUAUUUAAGAUAUCUCUUCUUAUAAUAUUUAAACUUAGAGACAUCAAGAUAUGAAUACUACAUUUGAAUUACAUGAUUCUCAAACUAACAGAUAAUUAUAAGAUACAUUUUAAAAAUAUCCAUAAAAAAAUCAACCAGAUUAUGUUAUUAGUUUACAAUAUUAAUAAAUUUUAAAUUAAGUUUCAGAAUAAUCAUAAAUAUUUCAUUAAAAAAUGAAUGAAUCUAUAUUUUAACAUCAUAAUUAAAACAGAAAUGUAUCACCCUAAAAUAAUUUAUACAACAAAUAUGAUGAAAUUAGUCAAAUCUCGCAAAAAAUGAAUAGUCUUAGAUAAAAUAGGUUUGAAAAUAAUUAAUAAUAUGAAAUAGAUGAAAUCAAAGACUAAUUUAUAGAAAAUAGUAAUCAUAAUAUGUUGAAAAAAAGGACUUAAUAAGAGAGUUCUUUUGAUUUAUUUUGUAAAAAUUAAACAAUUUUUUCACCUAAUCAAAGUAAAAUUGAGCAAGCUUUAAAAUAGACUGAAUAUUCAAACUAAAAUCUUUAUUAAAAUAAUAAUGUUGCUUUCUAAUCCAAAUAGUAAGCAUAGAAUCAAUUAGUAUAAAUGGUAGAAACAACCACUGGAAAAUAAAGCAAAACUUUUUUUACUCUUCAUGAAAAUUAAAAAUAAUAAAAUUAAGAUGUUAAUUCCGUUUCUUCUUCUACUAAAAGUGUUCAAGACAAUUUAUAAUCUCAAUAAGAGAAUUUUAAAUUUAUUAAUUGGAUUUAUAUGGUUAAUGUUCAGUAUAGUUUUGCCCUUUCUGGCAUAAAUACAUACUUCCUAAAUUAAAAUAAUAUGCUUUUAACUCCUGCAUCUAAUAACUAAGCGUUUAUCUAAUAAUUGAACGAUCAAAAUAAAUUAAGGAUGAAUCUAAGCAAACAAUACCUACUUCUUCUUUACAAUAACACUAAUCCCAACAUAUAAGUAUUUAAUCUUAUUUAAAAUCAAUAUAUCCCUCAAAAUAUAUAUUACAAUAUAUCUCAUUACGACCAGUAUAGCAUGUCAGUACUAUAUUCUAUGGUAAUGUAGACUUAUGGAAUCUAUUAUUUUGUUUCCAACUAAGAUACAUAUGGAAUAGUUAAAAAACAAAAUGAAGAAAAUUACUUGGCACUUAAUAAUCAAGUUCAAAUUAUAUUUUCUAAGAUGAGUGAUCAAUACUUAAAUCAACUUAAUUCAAUAUAAUAAUAAAGUCUUUUCUAGCUAUUUUCUACUAUUUUUGUCAGCUUCUUUUGCAUUUUAAGUAUUAUUCCAGGUUAUAAGCUCAUAAAAGCAAAGCAAUAAAGAUUUUUAGAACUAUUUGCAACUUUUGAUCGAUAAAAUCUUUAGGAUAUUUUAUCAGACUUAACUUAUUAGCUUUCUUUUUGUAAAGGAUUUGACGAAAAAAAUAAGCUAUUAGAAUCAAAAUCAAGUCUAUAAAGUUAUGUAAAUUAAAAGGAUUAAAAUCAAUUAGACUAAAAUGUUUCAGUAAAUAUAGAGAAAAAGUUAAAUAUUAGUAGAACUUCUAAUUUAAAUUACUCAUUAAAAUACCUAAUAUUAGGAUUAAUUUGCAUUUUCUGCUUGAUUUCAAUUUAUCCUAUAGUAAAUUAUGUACUAAUUAACAGAUUCAUAGAAAACUCAUAACUAAUAUUUGACUUCAAUAAUGUAGUUUGUCAAUCUUACUUCUUUAUUUUAAAUUCCAUGAGAGUAAGGCAAGGUUUAGCUGAAGCAUUCUUAAUACCUUCUAAGUAAUCAAUUUCAGUAAAGGAUCUUUAAGACAUGUUAAGUUAAACAAAUCAGUAAGCAGAUCAAUUACCUUCUCUAAUCUAAGAGAAUAUAGGAAAAGUUGGAUCUACAAAUCUAAAAAAUAAAGAUAUAUUUAAUAAUUAUUUGAUAAAAGUCUAUUCAGAAAAUGCAUGCGAUACGAUGUAAAAUUAUACAUAAUAUCAAAAUGGAGAUUUUAUUUAUGACUAAUGUUCUACUGUAGGCAAAGGUAAUCUACUAAGAGGACUGCUAUAUGGUGUCGUUUAUUACAUAAGUGUUUUAAAAGAGUUUUAGAAUUUUGCAUUCAGUGAUAAUGUAGAAGAGUUUUAAUAAAAAUUUAAUUAAUACAAUUUAAAUACACCUGCUUAUAAACAAUUCUAAUUUAGAAUAGAAUUAUCUAAAGCUCACGAAUACCUUAUGAAUUUUUUUUAAGACCAAAACCUUUAACUUUACAAUUUCUAUGAAAAUUUCGCUAUUAUUUUAGUAGUUAUUUAAGUAUUUUUUGUGAUUUUGGUUUUCAUAGUAUGCUGCUAUUAGAUGUUUUUCCGCAUAAAAUAAUACUAAAAAAUACUUAUAUUAUGUCCUAUUUAAGAUAAAAUGAAUGACCAUUAAGUAAAGUGGAGGAACAUAGUUUUAGUUAUUGAUGAAACACAUACAAUAUAUUAUAAUUUAUUUCAAAUAUAGCAAGAUGCCAUUCAAAAAUUCCAUCAUUUGGAUGUCACUUAUUAUGAAAUAGAUUUUUUACUAAAUUUUCUGAAGUAAGUGGGAAAUGAUCGUGAAAUCGACUCAAUAGGUGUAUCAAGAUUAGGGUCUGCUUUAGGAAAUUGCACUAAUCUCUCAAAUUUAACACUUUAUCUAGAUUCUAACUAAAUUGGUGAUGAAGGUUUAUCAUAUUUAGGUGCUGGUUUAAAAAAGUGCACUAAUCUCUCAAAUUUGUACAUUUCUCUUUCUAAAAAUAAAAUUGGAAUUGAUGUAAAAAGUUUAUGCUCUGAUUUAGAAUAGUGCAUUAAUCUCUCGAAUUUGACACUUUCUCUUUGUUAGAAUUAAAUUAGCGAUGAGGAUGCAUCAGACUUAGGCUACUGUUUAAGAAAUUGCACUAAUCUUUAAAAUUUGAAGCUUUCACUUUGGGAAAAUAAAAUUGGCACAAUAGGUGCAUAAAAUUUAGGUUCUGGUUUAGGAAAGUGCAAAAAUCUCUCAAGUUUAACACUUUUUCUUAUGACUAAUUAAAUUUGGGGCAAUUGGAUCAUCAGCCUUAUGUUCUGGUUUAGGAAAGUGCAAUAAUCUCUCAAGUUUAACACUUUCUCUUAUGUAAAAAUAGUUUAUUUGUUUGGAUUUUGGAAUUGAAAAAAAAUAUUAAUUUAUAAAAAUAAAAUUAACUAGUUUAUUU